GACAUGGAGAAGGAAAAUGCUACUUCGCUGACAGAGUUUGUUCUCACAGGACUUACACAUCAACCACAAUGGAAAAUUCCCCUGUUUCUGGCCUUCUUGGUGAUAUAUCUCAUAACCAUUUUGGGGAACGUUGGUCUCAUCACUCUCAUCUGGAAUGACCCUCAUCUUCAUAUCCCCAUGUACUUAUUCCUUGGAAGUUUAGCUUUUGUGGAUACAUCUAUAUCAACCGUAGUGCUUCCAAAGAUGCUGGUCAACUUCCUAGCUAAGAGUAAACUGAUCUCUCUGUCUGAAUGCAUGGCUCAAUUUUUUUCAUUUAAUAUCAGUGCAACCACGGAAUGUUUUCUCUUGGCAGCAAUGGCUUAUGAUCGUUAUGCAGCCAUCUGCAGCCCUUUACGUUACCCUGUGAUAAUGACCAAUGGCCUAUGUAUCCGUCUGUUAGUCUUGUCCUUUGUAGGUGGACUUCUUCACGCUAUAAUUCAUGAAGGCUUUCUACUCAGAUUAGUAUUCUGUAAUUCCAAUAUAAUACAUCAUUUCUAUUGUGACAUUAUUUCAUUGUUAAGGAUUUCCUGUACUGACACUUCUCUUAAUUACCUGAUUGUUUUUAUUUUUUCUGGGUCAAUUCAGGUGUUCACUAUUUCAAUUAUUCUUGUCUCUUAUACAGUUAUUCUUUUUACGAUACUAAAAAAGAAAUCCGCCAAAGGCAUAAGGAAAGCCUUCUCCACCUGUGGAGCCCACCUCUUAUCUGUGUCUCUAUACUAUGGCCCUCUUCUCUUCAUGUAUGUGCACCCUGCGUCUUCACAAGUAGAUGAUCAAGAUAUGAUUGACUCUCUCUUUUAUACAGUUAUAAUUCCUGUAUUAAACCCAAUUAUCUACAGUCUGCGAAACAAGCAAGUCAUAGAAUCACUGGCAAAAUUCUUAAAAGGCACUGUUUAG